AUGCGGCGCACAGAGCGUGCGGCGCAGGAAGUGCGUGGGAAGUGGAGCGGGUCCGGACGCGGGUCCGGGUCCAGGCUAAGUCAGGAUUUCAAGUACCAGUUUGCAUUGAACACUAUGGAUCCGAAGAAGGAAGAUGAAACUGUAUACCUCGUCGACUCGAAGUCUCAACCACCACAAGAAGUGCUCGACGAAAUUUUAACCAGGAUGGCGGUGGACCUCUCUGCCCACCAGAUCGGAUAUCGCCUGUCUGAUGAGAAGGAAUCCAUUUGGACCCGCAUCAAUAGCACGGAAGAUUUUGCCAAUGCAAUCAAUGCUCAAUGCGAGAUUCAGUCCUGA